CAAUAGCUCAUUGGAGAUUCUUCCAUCGGGGCAUGCAGGUCAUCUCUAUCAAUUUUAAAUGUAGUUUUUAAUUAGUGCUUUGUCUAUAUAUCAAUUUUAAGUGUUUUAUUUCAAUGUUCUGGCAAGUUGAUUCAAAACAUAUAAUAAAAGUCAAAUUAGUGCUUUUAUCUGUGUCAAUUUAAGUUUCGUAAAGUUAGCGUUUUGUAUAGGAUACCUGCAGGGCUUUCUUUGUGUUUUAACCUUGUUGUCUUAUUCGACCGGUGAAAAAGCAUUUCAUAUAAUAUUUACGGACAAUUGUCGUGCUAGAAAAAAACCCUAUUAUUUACCAUUUACAACCAAACAUCCUUCAUGAAGUUUCGCUAAAGAUUCUCAAAAUGGCACAGCAUAGUAAAUCGGCGUAUCAAUUAAUAGAACACGAUUAUUAUGAUGUCGAAACGAUUCAGAACGAACACAAAGCAGCUAUUAUUUCCGAAGUCGAAAGCAACCCUCUAUUAACCACCACAGCCAAAUUGCUGCCGGUCAUAAACUGGCAAAUUUUGAAACAACUCCGAGAUGCAAAGGUAUACGCACCUCGUUGGAUCGAUACUAUUAUGGCCGAGAAGGUACUUAAAGAAGUAGAGGACCAGACUAGGAUAUGUGUAUACGGGUGUGUUGUCAAAACUGGCAGUAUGUUAGGGGAUAACUUCUCGAGUGCUAUUUACCGUGCCUACACAAGAUACACCAAAGCUUACGAAAAUGAGAUGAACACCAUGACGAUGAUUUUCAAAGUACCACCGCUCAACGGAAAAUGUAUCAAAAACGAGGUUAGCAAAGAUGGACAACUGUUUGCGAAGGAGCUUUUUAUGUAUUCUACCGUGGUUCCGGCAAUGGAGAAUCUUCUUGGUACAGUUAAAGAUAAAACUGUAUUCGGACCACGUCUACUGUAUAACUGCGGUGACCCAGUUGGGCUAGUCUUCGAGGAUAUCAAAGAACGCGGUUACUAUAUGUCCUACAAGCUGAUAAACCUUCAAACCGCUGAGUUAGUAUUUACAAAACUAGCCAAGUGGCACGCUUCCUCGGUGAUAGCAGCUGAACAGGUACCAAAAAUUAAGAACCUGACCAAAAACUUCGUAGAUAUUGGUAACGAUCACUACAAAACUAUUUGGCAAGCAACGAUACAAAAGCUAAGUGAAAUACUGGCCACAUGGCCUGAGUACGAAAAAUACGCCAAUGUGAUAGCUAAGUUCAAAGAGCCUAUUUUCGAGAAAUUGAGACAUAUUUUCGAUCCCGCUAGUUCCAUUUUCUGCAACGUAUUGAACCAUGGCGAUUGCCACAACAGAAACAUGAUGUUCAAAGACGGGGACGGAAAAAUUGAGGAUAUUCUAUUUUACGACUAUCAGCUCAGUGUUUGGGGAACUCCUGCCAUCGACAUCAUCUAUGUAUUGUACAACUCGUGCUCAUGCGAAACGCGCGAUGAUCAUCGUGAUCAACUAAUAAAAUUGUAUUAUGACGAAUUUGUAACAACGCUGAAAAAGUUGGGCUACAAAGACAAAAUUCCAUCUCUACUCAAUCUGCGAAUGGAAAUUUUGAGAUGUGGUCAUUUUGAGUCAUUUCUUGCGUGUACCUUCCUUCCAUUUAUGAUGUCCUCUUUUGAAGAAUUAAUAAUUAUAGGAGGAGCUUCGCCAACGGAACUUGCGAGUAAGCCGGAAAGAAUGGAUGAUGUCAGAAACUACUUUUUCCAAAAAAAUGAUUAUGUUAAAGUGAUACAAAGAUAUUUGCCCGUAUUCCUGAAUCAGGGCUUGUUUGAUCUGUAAACCUAUUAUUGUAUUUUUUAUGUUGUAAUAUCCAGUUUAAAAAAAGGAGGCUACGUUUUAAAAAAUAUUCCAUAUCUUGGUCACACCUGGUAUGAAUAAAAAUGUAAUCGUUUUUAAUAUAA